AUUGAUUACUGCUCUUCAAUAGUCCUGCAGAUGAAUAAUCUGCUGAAGCUUGGAAAAUGACACACAGCCUCUCACAACGUACAAGCUGUCUUUAUACGAUGAUGACCUUUAUCUUGUUUGGACUGGCCAUGACACAAGGAUCUCUUGCAGGUGUUUCUCACGUCAACUUCGAGCAUAAAGAGUUUGCUUACCUCAACAUCACGAGAAUCUGCUCACAACUUGUCCAAAAGGACAUCGAGUGUGGAUUUGCCUGUUUGGAAAUCACUUCAUGUUUCUCUUAUAACCUGGCUGCAUUUCCUGAUGCCAAUGGAAAACUGUUAUGUGAACUGCUUCCAUCAGACAAGUAUAACAACUCAGACAAAUUCAUUUACAGCCCGAUUUUCAACCAUUUCAGUGUCCCGAACCCUUGCUCCAGCGAUCCUUGCAUGAACGGUUCAACUUGUGUGGCCAAGUACAUCGAUGAUGAUUAUCAGUGCGCAUGCUCUCCAGGAUUUAAAGGAAAACACUGUCAAAUAAAAAUAGCUCCGGGGAAAGACUGCAAAGACAUUAAGAUGCGAGGUGAUUCUGGGGGAAAUGGUAUGUAUCAAUUGGACCCGGAUGGAGGAAGCCUUUCAAAUGCAUUCUGGGCCUACUGUGAUAUGACGUCAUACAAUGGAGGUUGGACCAUGUGUUACACUACCGACGAAUAUGUCAAACCCAGGACCGAGGUCACUUACAAUGCCUCUUUUCCUUAUGGAACUGUCGGCUACAGGACCAACUGCAACAACAUCUCUUUUACAGAGAUUAUGUUCUUGAAUCAUCAAACUUUGGCUAAAGUGUACUUCAAGCGAAGAACUAACCAGUCCAUAGCGGCCAAUUUGAAUUAUGGGAACAAUGCUUCUACUUAUGGAUUGUGGGACGGUGUGGGAGUGAACAAAACCUACGACUAUCAGCUACUGAUUUGUGAUACCUCAUUCUACAGUGGCUUCUUCGUUUCUGGUUACACAAAUUGUUACAAGGAUUGUGAUGACUGGCGUGGCGAUUAUGUCUCCCCAUACUUCCGCACUGCAUCUACCAGUUCGCAUUUCUCUGGUGUGGCCUUUAACACCAAUGGCGCCCGAGCACUCGAUAAAAGGCUCAUCAGUGUCGGUCUGCGCUGAGACAUUUACGGAUUGAGCUGCAUAAUUUCCUUCUUAUGUAUGUCAUAUUUAAACAUGAGCAUAACAGAUUAAUCGUAUCUAGGCUUGUCCCGAUUGUGCACGGCAACUUCUGAGCAACUUUUUGUGGUCCAAACAACCUCGAACAAUUUUUGCCUUAUUGCGCAAUUUUUGUGCAAAAUAUGGCUUUAGGGCACAUUUCAAGCACAAAAAAGUCAACAGUUUUCAUAGAAAACUUUAAUGUAUGCAAAUUUCUGAAUGUUUAUCAACACUUGAGAACUUUUCUCAUGCCUGUUGCGAUUCUUAUCUGAUAUUGUAAGAUGGCAAGACGUCAAAUGAAACAUGUAUGUUGUUCCUUUAGGCAUAAGAGUAUCCUUAAAUUUCACCCAUAUUUGCGAGCAAUUUACUACAGCUAAGUUUUAAGCUUUUUUUCUUGACGAAUGUUUGCAAUUAUUGUGAAGAAUGAAAAUAAAGAUUUGGAUUAACGUUUGAAUAAAAUAACAAGAAAUUUAGGUAGUCACUUUUUGUAUAAAUUUACUAUUUGUCAGCAACAGCAAUUUGGUAUUUCAACGAGUAACUUUCCAGAAUUUUACGCGUACAAUCAAGAUAGGCCUAGUCGUAUCUCCAAAUAGCCCUGCCCCAUCAAGUAAUAAUAAUGAUAAUAAUGAUAACAAUAAUAAUAAGAUACAUAUUUUAAGAGGAGACCUCCAUCACUCUAAGUGGUUUUCAGGGGCGUAUGCGGAGUACAUCUGAGGUAGGCGUGCUUUUGAUGUCCUUGCCACUAUAAUGGAAUGGAUUAGCAAGAGGACGGGAACGUCAUAUUAGAACAGCGCGCAGCAAAAAUUUCGAUAAGAAACUGGGUCGAGAAUGCCGUCGCGUUGUGUUGAAAAGU